AUGAAGGAAGAGUUGUCUAGGCCUUACAGCAUGGAGGAAGUAAAAGCAUCAUUAUUUCAAAUGGGACCUACUAAAGCUCGAGGACCCGAUGGUAUGAAUGCUCUUUUUUAUCAAAAGUUUUGGCAUAUUGUUGGUAAUGAUGUUAGUUCUGCUGUGUUGGAUUUUCUGAAUUUUGCCUAUGAAAAUUUACACGCCAUGCACAGGAGAAAAAAGGGGAAGAAAGGAUCUCUAGCCUUGAAAUUAGAUGUCAGUAAAGCUUUUGACCGAGUAGAGUGGGCCUUCCUGAGUGGUAUGAUGGUUAGACUGGGAUUUCCUAAGGAUUGGAUUAAUAGGGUGAUGAGUUGUGUCACCACACCUUCCUUUUCGGUUCAGAUUAAUGGUAAAGCAUAUGGAAACAUUACCCCAUCGAGAAGGCUCUGCCAAGGGGACCCUUUAUCACCUUAUCUAUUUCUUUUAUGUGCAAAAGGGUUCACUUCUUUGCUAUCCAAAGCGGAAUAUGAGAGGCAGCUUCAUGGUGUACAAAUUUGCAGAAGGGUGCCUAGUAUUUCUAACUUGCUUUUUGUAGAUGAUUCUUUAAUUUUCUGUCAGGCAAAUCAAGAAGAAAUGCAGGUGAUUUCUGAUACGUUGCAAUUGUAUGCAAAACCUUCUGGACAAUGCAUCAAUUUUGAGAAGUCAUCAGUAUAUUUUAGUAGUAAUACAUCUGAGAGACAGAAGCAAUCAUCAAACAAGCCUUGGGAGUCAGGGAAGUGGAUAGAUUUGAUUCUUAUUUGGAUUGGCAAUGAACGGAAAAUUCAUUGGAAGAGUUGGAAUUUUUUGACGAAAUCUAAGAAGGAAGGUGGUAUGGGAUUCCGGGAUAUCAGGAGUUUUAAUCUAGCUAUGUUGGCAAAGCAAGGUUUGAGGAUGUUACAAGACCAAAACUCACUCUUAUCUAGGUGUUUCAAGGCCAAGUAUUUUCCAAGAUGUAGCUUUAUGGAGGUGGCAGAUUGUCCUAACAGUUCCUAUGUUUGGAAGAGUGUGCUGGCUGCUCAACAAAUCUUAAAAAUGGGUUGCUAUUGGAUAGUGGGCACCAGUUCUUCAAUAUGA